AUGGGAGUAGCCUUGACUAGAGCAGCUCAGUGGACGGCGGCUGGAACUGGAACGGGGACCUUAGAAAUUACUCCCCUGAACGAAUCUCUUUUGAAUGAAAUUAUCAAGUUCACAGAAACGUUUAGUAGCAAGCAUCUCCAGGAAGCAGCUUUUGUCUUUAAAGAACCACUUGAAUGGCAAACAAAACUAGAACCAUCUGCAUUUGAGGCAGGCUAUGAUGUCAGUGAAAAAACUGUUCAGUCUCACGAAAAAGACAAAAAUGGACAGCCACUUCUCCUCCUUAAAGGAUCAACAAUUAGCGUUCGGAGUUUUGGACAGCUGUCUUAUUUACUCUCUGUUGCUGGGAAAAAAAGACUGAAAGAAGCACAGGCAUGUCUUGAAGCCAAUAGAGAUCCUAUUGUGAAAAUUCUUGGCCCUGGAUAUGGAACAAUUGAAGGAGAGGAUUUGUCCAUGCUUCGUUUACUAGACAAAAUUAAAAAGGAGGAUGCAUCAGAUAAUGAAAUUAAAAUGAAAAUUUCCCUACUUCUUCAGCAAUUGGAUAUGCAGUUGCUUAACAGCUCGCUGAAACAGAUAUCACAAGAAGUGAGAUUAACACCAACUGCUGUGAAAAAUGAAGUAGAAUUGCUUAAGCAUUUCUCUGGGCCAAUGGAAGAUGCAGUCCUUGAAUCACUAGACUAUAUAUCAGACUAUGAAUUCUUCAAUGGAUGUCGUGCCCCCCCUUGGAGACAAGUGCAUGGGGAAAUUUGUUAUUUGUCAAUUAAACCACGUGACACAGAUGCUAUGUUUGUUACUUGUAGCACAGCAGGAAUAUUCUUAAAUGGAGGAAGAAGCAAUGAGAGAGAUGAAAUUGAUUAUGAGAGGAAGAGUGACAUAUAUAAAGAUCUUGUCACAUUUUUAAGAGAACGAUCAGCAGCAUUUGUAAGCAAUAUGGUUAAACAGAAAUAUACAUUUUUUGAUGAACCAAAGUAUGAAAAGCAAUAUUAUCCACAUAUCGAAACAGUUGAGGGAGAUGAAUAUGGCCAAGCCCCAAAGUUUAACGACUAUGCGGAAAAGCCUAAGAGUCCUCUUGUAAAAAGUAAAACUCCUGACAGCAAGAAAUUAGAACCAUCUCUUAAGUGGAAGGCUACAACGGGCACUCGAGAAGGCAAAGCAGCAAGAAAAUCUGAUGAAAAAGAAAUCAAGCAUGCCACUCCAGAAAGCAAGAAAAGACCCUGUGGAACACCAACUGCUUCUCUUAAAAGUAAACUUCCACUGAAAAGUGAAGAGGCAAGUGAAAGUUCUUCUGAGAGUGAAGAAGAGGAUGAAGAGCCUGAACGCCAUCAGGAAAUUAACACUGAUUUGCCAUCAGAAUAUUGGCAGAUUCAAAAAUUAGUGAAAUAUAUAAAGGCAGGUAACCAGACGGCUACUGUAAUUGCAUUGUGUUCAAUGAGAGAUUUCAACUUGUCUCACGAAACGUGCCAGUUGGCAAUUAGAGAUGUUGGAGGUCUCGAAGUGCUGAUUAAUUUACUUGAUACUGAAGAAAUCAAAUGUAAGAUUGGUUCAUUAAAAAUCCUGAAGGAAAUUAGUCAAAAUGCUCAGAUAAGACGUACAAUUGCUGAUCUUGGAGGACUGCAGAUCAUGGUUAAUAUACUUGAUUCUCUAGAUCAAGAUUUGAAGUGUUUGGCUGCUGAAACAAUAGCUAAUGUAGCUAGGUUCAAACGAGCCCGAAGAACAGUCCGUCAAUAUGGUGGAAUCAAGAGACUGGUUGGGUUGUUAGACUGUUCUGCAAGUCUCAAUCAGCUUCAGGGAAAGGAAAUUGAAGUAGCACGCUGUGGUGCUUUGGCACUAUGGAGCUGCAGCAAGAGUUCUAGGAAUAAAGAAGCAAUCCGUAAAGCUGGAGGCAUCCCCCUGCUGGCUCAGUUACUGAAGUCUCCUCAUUCAAAUAUGUUAAUACCUGUAGUAGGAACUUUGCAAGAGUGUGCCUCUGAGCCCAGCUACAGACUAGCAAUCAAACAUGAGAAAAUGAUUGAAAAUCUUGUGAAAAAUCUGAACAGUGACAAGGAAGAGUUGCAAAUGCAUUGUGCCAGUGCAAUCUUUAAGUGUGCUGAAGAUCAAGAGACUCGUGACCUCGUUAGGCAACAUGGAGGCCUGAAACCUCUUGCUACUUUAGUUGCUAAUUCUGGAAAUAAAGAACUUCUGGCAGCAGUGACAGGAGCAAUCUGGAAAUGUGCAAUCAGCAAAGAAAAUGUGACAAAAUUCCGGGAAUACAAAGCCAUAGAAGCUUUGGUUGGCUUGCUAACAGAUCAGCCAGAAGAAGUUCUUAUAAAUGUGGUAGGUGCCCUUGGUGAAUGUUGUCAGGAACAAGCCAAUCGGACCAUUAUCCGUAGAUGUGGUGGAAUCCCAUCUCUUGUUGCCUUACUCACUGGAACCAAUCAAGCUCUUCUUGUGAAUGUGACUAAAGCCGUGGGAUCUUGCGCAGUUGAACCAGAAAAUAUGUCGAUAAUUGAUCGCUUGGAUGGUGUUCGCUUAUUAUGGUCAUUGUUGAAAAAUCCUCACCCAGGUGUUCAGGCCAGCGCAGCCUGGGCAAUUUGUCCUUGUAUUGAAAAUGCAAAGGAUGCUGGUGAAAUGGUUCGUUCAUUUGUUGGUGGUUUGGAACUAAUUGUUAAUCUUUUAAAAUCUGAAAAUAAAGAAGUUUUGGCAAGUGUGUGUGCUGCAAUCACCAACAUAGCAAAAGAUGAAGAGAAUUUAGCUGUUAUAACAGAUCAUGGUGUUGUUCCUUUAUUAUCCAAAUUAGCGAAUACAAACAAUGACAAAUUAAGACGGCAUUUAGCUGAUGCCAUUUCUCGCUGCUGCAUGUGGGGAAGUAACAGGAUUGGUUUUGGAGAUACCAAAGCUGUUGCCCCUUUGGUACGUUAUCUGAAAUCAAGUGAUCCAGAAGUUCACCGAGCUACUGCACAAGCAUUGUAUCAGCUGUCAGAGGAUCCCAACAAUUGCAUUACCAUGCAUGAAAAUGGAGUCGUGAAGCUUCUGCUGGGUAUGGCAGGCUCUACGGAUGAAACUCUUCAGGAAGCAGCAGCUGGUUGCAUAGCAAACAUCCGCAGGCUGGCUUUGGCUACAGAGAAAGCUAAGUAUGGCUGAA